AUGAUUCUGACAGAAAAGAAAAGGGAUAUGGAAAUUAAGAUCUUCGAAAGAGAAGUGUAUGAAGAACUACAAUCGGUUUAUAGACAGGAUAAAUUUCUCAAAUAUGUGAAUGAAGAAAAUUAUGAGACUUUUACUAGUGAAGGGAAAGAGUAUAACGUAAAUAAUUUGAAAUUAUUUGAAGUGAAUAAUAAUGCGAAUUGUAAAGAUACAAAAAAAACAGGUUCACUUGUUGUAUAUAAAAAUAUGAACACAGUCAUGUCAUUUAAAUCAUUUGUAGGAAAACAGAUAAAUAUUGAAACUGAAGACAGAGAUCAAGUAAUUCUGGGAAAAGAAAAAAUUAAACGAUUAAAAGCAAAAAAGUGGUGUACGAAUGAUUGUUAUGAAAUUUCUCAGCUCCCUACGGUUGAUAAUACUACUGAUGUUGUUGUUGCAAAAUCUGUUCUUGAAAGAAUUGAUCAAAUAAGAAACGACAUUGUUGCGAUAAGAAGAACUAUUCAGAGCACUGUAGAAAUAAAUAAAAUUAAAGAAACAUAUUUAACAAGUGAUAACAAGAUGGAAUUAUUUUUAGAUUUUAAUCAACUCUGUGAUAAGCUAAAUGAAAUUAUAACAUUUGCACAAUUAUCAGAUCCACAGUUUUUAAGCAAUAUUAGACUGCACAGAUACAUAAACAACUGUGUUCCAAGAGGGAAAAAUAUGAACAUAUUCGAGGUAAUCAGAAUGCUGAAGAAGGAAAAGGAGAAGAUAACUAAGAAAUCUGAUGAUUAUCAAAUGGAAAAAACUUAUAUGAAGAUCUUAAAUUAUAACAACUAUGUCUCAUUUCGGAAGAACAUUAUGUGCACGCAAUUUGAGAGACUUCGAGAAAAAGUAAAUCAGUAUGAUUGGCUGUUGACUGAACCGUGUUUUCUCCUAACCCAGGAGGAAACCACGAUCGAAAGGGAAAGCAAAGCCAAGAGUGAACAUAGUGGACAGUGCAAAAGUGAAGACAGAAGGCAGUGCAAAAGUGAAGAGCGAAGCCAAUGCAAAAGCGUGGGACACAUUUUGUUGUCGUUGGCCAUGUUUAUAAACCUAUGCAUAAAUGAUAACAUGAUAAAGAGAAUAAUGAAUUAUAUUUACUUAGACAGAAUGGAAGUAAAGAAAUGCAAACAGUAUAUAGAAAAUGUGAAAAAAGCGAAAUCAAUGGAUAUGUUGCACUCUUAUGUUCAAUCUCUCACGAAGGGAGUAGUUCCACGUGCCGAGAACCCUUCAGCUUUCUUUGAGGAAGUUAUUCGCAUUCAUCUAACCGAAGAUAACGAGAAAGUGUUAGACAUAUACAAGAGAUUGAUAAAUAAUGAGUUGAGUGUUGACUUAAUGUUGCGAGAGAUGGAACAUGUAAAUCAGGUACUUGAGCAGAUGUGUCAGAAAUUGGAGGGCAGAGAGGGGGUGAUAAAGAAUUGGACGCAUUUGAAUGGGGAUCAGAAGUAG